AAGAACAAUUGCAAAACUGAAGCAAGAAAAAAUAAAACAUUUGCUAAGAAAAUGAAAACAUCCAUAUUUUUAUAUACAUGCAUAAUAAAAUAUGCAUGAAAUUCAAAGAGUUUUCAUAACUCUUUUAACUUUUCUUAACUCUUUACUCUUAGUUCCAAUAAAUAAUUGACCAUUAAAUUGUGGUUGAUGAAGAAGAUGAACAGUUGCCAUGAGCUUAAGCUAUUACUUUAGUUGUAAGAGAGAGCCAUCUCUAUUUUGAGAGCUCAGUUAGUUAUAUAUUAGAUAGAUCACUUGCUUGAUGUUUCGGGUUUAAUAUGUAGUAAUUUUUUAAUCUAUUAUUAUCUAUUAACAUUUAAAUAUCAUGAUCUAUGACGUGAUUUAUAUGAAUCAAAGGUCUGUUAUAACCAAAAAAAAAAAAAAGAAAAAAAGAUGAAGAACAUAAAAAAAAUAAAAAAUAAUAUAAACCUCCGGAAAUAAUUAGUGAAUGAUUUGUGUGGAAUAAAGGGGAAAGGGUGUGUGUAUUUACAGGGAUGUCCUUCGAAAACGAUUGUAUUUUUUUUUGCAAAAGAUGACAUAAAAUAUGAAAUUAGGUAAUACACAGUUUAAAGCAUGAAAUGGCAAUAAAGUCAUUUAAAAUUUAUUUUGUAUUUUUGGCAACACGGAAGGCGCAGGCAUAAUUGUCCAUAAAAAGGACCCUUCGCGUGUAGUGGCAUCUGCUAGUAAUUCUGCAGCGUCCGGAGAGUGUUGAAGUCAUUUCCGCGCGUCUAUUUCACGUGUGAAAAGAGCAAAACGUCCCCGACAUACGACGUCGUUUUCGGAGGCAGUUCUGGGCGAGAUGGAGGAUGCAGCAGUAAUUCAAGACUUCCAAUUAAUUUUCAUUUACUACUGCACAGCAAUUGAAUGCUGUAUCCAGAUGUAAACAAAAAGAUAGUGGCACUCCUUUGCAAACGGAAUUUCACAACUUCAGCAUUGAUUUGAAGUUAUUGUUCAUAAGCUUCUUUUUUUUUUUUUUUGCCUCUUAUCGUUAUACUAUUGAUUAGAUAUUCCUGAUUCGCAUUAGGAUAAUCCUCUUCUUCCUAAGUUCAGGUAUGACUAGUAAUUGGAUUCUAGAUAUCUAAAACUUGGAGCUCAAUUCACCUUCCAGCAACAAAUUUUCCAUUUUUGACCUGACUCAUAUGACAGUGUGAAAAAGAAAAAUGACAAAAGUGAAAAUAGAAUGGCAUCUGGCCUUGAGAUGCCAGUAACAUAAAAGACAUGCUAAACAUGAGUCCUCAAUUCUUUAUUCAGCUACAACUUUCUCUCCUGCAGUUCCUAAUUAAGAAAGAUUAUGGUAUAUUUUCAUCCUAAACAAGACAGAUUCCAGUUCAAAAUCCAACAAAAAGAUUGUGUCGCUUUCUCAUGUCAACUCCUCCUCACCCUUUAACAAUAUUAAAGUCCUUGGCAUAGCAUCCCUGCCACUCGCUCACUCACAGGCCUAAGAAAGCGGAAAGAAAAAUGAAUACCCUCUUCAUCAUUUUUAUCUUCCUUAUUCCCAUCUGCCUUCUUCUUACAAGGAGAAGAAGAAGAAGAAGAUUACCAAAGGAGCUUCCUCCAGGGUCACUAGGAAUACCAAUAAUAGGUCAAAGCCUUAGCCUUCUCCAAAACAUGAGAGCUAAUACUGCUGAAAAAUGGCUUGAAGAAAGAAUCAAACGAUACGGUCCUAUAUCAAAGCUAAGUCUUUUUGGGAAACCAACUGUGUUCAUAUAUGGUCAGGCCGCAAACAAGUUUGUGUUCACUAGUGAUAGUAGCACACUGGCCAAUGGUCAGACACAGUCUGUUAAGAUGAUUCUGGGUGAUCGAUGCUUGCUGGAGCUUAGUGGUGAAGAUCAUAGGCGUGUUAGAGAUGCUCUUAUGUCCUUUUUGAAGCCUGAAUCUUUGAAGCAGUAUGUUGGGAAAAUGGAUGAAGAAGUCAGGUUGCACAUUCAGAGCUACUGGCAAGGCAAGCAGGAGGUCAAGGUAUUACCCUUAAUGAAGACACUCACAUUCAAUAUAAUAUGCUCUCUUCUAUUUGGGAUUGAACGAGGAACUCGAAGAGAUUAUUUUGUGGAUAGGUUCCAAGAAAUGAUAUCAGGAAUGUGGUCAAUCCCAGUAAACUUACCCUUCACACGUUAUAACCGCAGCCUCAAGGCAAGCACAAGCGUGCGAAACAUGUUGAAGGACCUCAUUAGAGAAAAGAGAAUGGAGCUUGAGCAAAAAUGUGCUAAUACUCGUCAGGAUCUCAUCACUUGGUUGAUUAGCAUCUGCAAUCAGAACAACAAUGCAGCAAUAACUGAGAAGGAGAUUCUGGACAACGUUAUGCUUGUUAUGACUGCAGGACAUGACACUUCAUCUAUUCUGCUUACUUUCCUUGUGCGGCUUUUAGCUAAUGAACCUACUAUUCAUGCAGCCGUUCUUCAAGAACAGGAAGAAAUAGCUAAGAGCAAGAGCAGUGGAGAGUUCUUAACCUGGGAAGAUCUUGGCAGGAUGAAGUACACAUGGAGAGUGGCACUGGAGACGAUGAGAUUAUUCCCUCCCAUCUUUGGUGGUUUCAGGAAAACAGUAAAAGAUAUAGAGUAUGAUGGGUACCUUAUACCUAAAGGGUGGCAGAUAUUUUGGGUCUCGUGCAUGACUCAAAUGGAUGAUGACAUAUUCCAGGAGCCACGGAGGUUUGAUCCUGCAAGAUUUGAGAACCCAUCUUCAGUUCCACCCUAUUGCUAUGUUCCAUUCGGAGGGGGGCCUCGGAUAUGUCCAGGAUAUGAGUUUGCAAGGAUUGAAACUCUUGUUACCAUCCAUUACCUGGUCACUCAAUUUACAUGGAAGUUGAAUGCUGAUAACUUCUUCAGAAGAGAUCCAAUGCCAGUUCCAACAAAAGGAUUGCCCAUCAAAAUCUCACCAAGGAAACAAAUGUUGUAAAUAUUACAACUCUCCUAAUUUAUGGGUCUGGCAGUGGUGUCCAUUGCAAACUAGCAAGAAAAUGCUGAAAUAUUCUGCAUCUUGAUGACCAAACAAUGUAUUAUGCUUUUUACAUAUAGACUGCAAUUACUUAUUGCCUGCAAGCAUUUUUCCUGAUAGGGUGGCUUUCAUAUUCAA